GUAAGAUAUGAAAAUGGUACUGAGAAACAGUGUGAGACAUACAGAAUCCGAUUCCUAAAGAUUAUACAGCCACUUCUGCCAGAAAAAAAUAUAUUCUUGUUAAUGGAGAGUAGGUUUAUCCUUUCCAGGAACUUGUUAAUACAGGGCAUCGAAUCUCACUCCCAAACUUCAUGAUGAAGCUGCCCAACUUCUUGUCACCCAGAUGAAGUCAUCUCUUCAAUUUCAAGAAGGAUUCUUCGAAUAAAAAAGGAUUUGUCUUUUUUGGUGAAUUCUCAUUCAGAGCCAUUGGAUUUAAAAAAUUCCAAAGAUAAGCUUUUUAAUUCCAAUAGACACAAAUCAAAUCCUCUUCAAUCUCCAAAAAGACGAAUUGAUCAAAGCUAAUUUUAUAAACUUUACACAAUUCCAAUCGUCCGAUUCCCUGGAUUAAAGAAAUAUUUGUUUUCCUUAUAGAUCAUUCUAAAACAGACAAAUGAUUGAUUAAACAUUAUAAUCCGUUUCACACCGGGGGUUAGAAUUAGAUUACAUUAUAUUCUGUUUUCAUAAGAAAGUGAACAAAAGAAGGGGAUUCUCACAAUCUGGGCAAGAGUGUAAAUUUGGCUGCCACCUUGCAUGUUAUAGAUGUAGAACAUAAAACAAGAAGAGAAAUAGGGUGAUUUUUUUCCCAAGGUUGUAUCCUGGAUGGAGGUUGGAGCUACAUGGAGGACAAGUAGGUUUUCUUCAUUUGAGAGGUUGGUUGCCAUCGGAUUGGGACUUCUUGCUGUGUUUUCUCCACUCUACAUCAACCGGAAGGAGGAAAGCGAUCCAGAACUAGAUGGGGCUUUCAGUUUUGAUUAUUGGCUGCCUCUUUUUCUCCUAAUAUUGAUCAUGGCCAUCACUGUAUCUUUGUACCUAGACAGAAGAUUAACCAGGUUUGAUCCUUACUGGAUUCAUAGAGUUGGUGGCUCUUCUGGUGGUAUUAUAGCAAUUCUCAUGAUUCUGGCAAUAAUUUUGAAGUGUAAAUCAGCUUCUGCAUGAAGUCUUUUAAGCGUUUCCUUUCUACUAUGUAAAUUAUGGAAGAAGAAUAAAUGGGCUUCUUAGUUUUACAUAUCAAAUUAUCCAUAGUGAUUUCAAGCAUCGAAAA